GAGCAAACAGUACGGUAGUUAAUCGUGUUUCUCGUGAUUUAUUAGACUGUUCAGCUGGUUUUUCAUUUGUUAAGCAUUAGGAAUUGCAAAUGAAAUAAUACUUGUGCAUUAGUAGUUAAUUGUCAAGUGAUUAUCAAUUCAUUUAUGUUUUCAAUGAACCAUCUAAAUCAAUUUUCAAUUGAGUGUUGACAAAUUCAAAAAUUGAGUUUGCAGAAGCAAAAAACCGGUAAAUUGUUGAAUUUGCAGAACAAUAUUAAAUUGAAAGUUUCGAGAUAAAUUUAAUUUCGUUGAAGUUAAGAAUCAAAAAGAAAACUCAGCGGGAGCAUUAAUCGUGUGUUAAGGUUUUCCAUAAAUACUUUGAGACAAAACGAUCAAGACUCGAAGCCUUCCGGGUUGUUUUAAGUAUUCAUGGACGUAACGUGGGACUUUGGACGAACAAAAAAGGACCAUCUCAACACUUUCGAGAGACUCGAGUAUUACGACAGGAGCAUCUGGGCGAGUCAUGCAUCAAAGUUGAUGUCAGUGAAGAGAAUUAGGAUUUAAGAUUGAGUAAAAAGAAGAGAAAUAAGAAGAAUAAUGUCAUUAAGAAUGGAGUUUGGCAGUUAUAAAGGCAGUGGUCCACGAAUUCGAGUUCGAAGACGAGCUGAAUUAGGAAGACGUCUCACUAGGAGGUUGUCAAUGGUUGCUAAAGUGCCAGCAGCUAUUUUACAUCGAACGAACCACCCGGAUCCAAGGCCUAUCGAAAUUACUGCCAUAGCACCUGAUAAAACUCAACUAACGUUACCUGCAGUCUCACCUGGAUCUGUAUCAGCUUUAGUUGCCCCAGUGCUUCUGAAAUACCGUGUAUGUCGACCGAGAUUGCUUUUGGCUGGUUCGAGAGCUGAGGUUGAUCCAGCAGCUGAUGUUGCUUUGCUUCACGGUGAAGUUUUACUUAUUGAGGAUGCAGCAAAGCAGUACAAUCCUAUUGGAGAUACAGACAGGAGGUAUAGAGCUACAGAGAAACUUCUCCAUGUUGAAGAAGAGUACAGAGAAGUCUUGUGUAGUGCUAAAGAAUUAUAUGCACGUCCAUUAGCAAGAAAUCAUCCUAACUAUCAUGAUGUGAUUUUUGAACCUCUAGCUGAUCUAGCAAUUGUUAGUGAAGAUCUCUGCGAUAGAAUACAAAAGAGACUAGACAAUUGGAACGGUGAUAAAUUUACGCCAGGUGAAUUAUUCCCCGCCUCUUUCUGGUCAUCGUACUGGAAGUACUUGGAGGCCUACGUCGAAGCAAGAAGGACGUUGGAUGCAUUGAGAGCAGCUGAAGAUCCUCUGUUGGACUUUCUUAGGCUGAGACAAGCAGCAGCAAGACAUUCCCCUUGGACCCUACUUCUUCUACCGGUCCAGAGGCUCGCUGAGUAUGAAAGAUACUUAGGCCAAGAAGCCAGAACUUUGGUAGAAAGCAAUAGCAACAGUGUAGGUAGUGGUGCUGUUCUUCAACGUGCCCAACUCGAGGGAGACCUCCAUCGUAUCCAAGAACUAUUUCCGGGCGACAACCUUCGUCUUCAUGAAAGGGAUGUCCUAACGACGAAAAUGAAGAGUCUGAUACGUAAAAGGAAUGGUCCUAAUCCUGGUCGACUGACACGAGCACUUUCUCAAAAGAAUCUGCAAAAUGUUGGAGCACCAACACCAGCACCAAAAUCACCACCGAGAACAUUUCUCCUUGAGACUCCUGUACAAUUUACGACAGGAAUGCAGUCUCAAGACAGACAUCUUUUUCUUUUUUCUGAUCUACUGCUCAUUGCAAAGGCUAGAAGUGGUGGAAAUUUUAAACUGAAACAGACCGUCAAGAUGAGUGAGCUUUGGCUAACCGCAGGACACAUUGAAGAUGUUGCCGAGACGAACAAGUCACAGGAAACGAGCUUUGUUCUAGGGUGGCCCACGACAAACGUUGUGGCGACCUUCAUGACUGCAGCAGCAAGGGACCUGUGGUGGGGCCGGCUGACUGAGCUGGUGAGAGAAGAGAGCCUGAAGGAGCCGCCAGACACGAACAUUCAAGUCGUGUAUCACGACAGUGACACAAACACGGAAUACUGUAAGACGAUAAUGGUGAGCUCAGAGAUGACAGCAGCGGCAUGCGUCAAUCUUGCGACCCGACUGCUAGAUCUCCAAGGUCCGUUCCAACUCUGGGCACGAACGUCUGCUGACGAAGCUCCUUACCCAUUGAUUGGUCAUGAGAGACCCUUUGCCAUAAAGCUCUCUAACCUACGGCAUACUUUAUCAACAGAAGAAGGCUUUGAUCUUGAACACUGCAACAAGAGUGGACAUGAUACUUGCCACUUCAUUCUCCGACCUGUUCUCAAGUCUCCAAUCAAAAAGAAUAAGUCCAAGAUCACGGGAUUACUGAGGAGGUCUUUGUCUCUCAACCCAAGUAUCUUUGGAGUUAAUCUAUCGAGGUUAGAUGAAAAUGGUUUGCCCAAACCUGUCCUGGUGAUGUUGCAGCAACUGUUUGCUAAAGGGCCUUUCACACAAGGAAUUUUCCGGAAAUCAGCUAAUGUAAGAAUCGUCCGUGAACUUAGGGAUCAAAUUGAAUCAUCAGGCGAUCCUUCGUGUCUGGAAGAUGCUCCAAUAAUUGCAGUAGCAGCAUUGCUGAAAGAUUUCCUUAGAUCUUUGCCAGAUCCUUUACUCACGUCUCAUCUAUUUCCUCUCUGGAUGGCAAGCCUUGAAACAAAAAACCCUAUACAAACGAUCAAAAGCAUUCUUGAUCGAUUGCCAAAGGCAAACUACACACUACUCUCGCAUUUUGUUUGUGUACUUCAUCAUAUUGCAAGAAGAUCAAAGCAUAACUUGAUGUGCGCCAGUAAUUUGGGUGUAUGUUGUGGUCCAAGUUUACUUUGGUCGUCAAACCCGAGUGUAAAUCAAAGUCGUGCCAUUCCUGCGCUUACUGAAAUGCUAAUACGUCACUGUGAAGUCCUCUUCGGUGACGGAGUAACUCAGUUGUUUGGAGAAGAGCGCAGUGACAGUGGGGCUGAAGAGAGCACUGACAGCUUACACUCAGGUGGGCUUUCACUAGACAGUUUGGAUUUAACAGAGCCACCAAGGAAAGAUCACAUGUCUCUUUCUCGUGACUCCGGUUUAACACUAUCCGACUGUCAACUUUUUAUCCCAGAGUCUCCAGUAGGAUCUGAAGACUCAGCAGUGAAUGCAUCAACGUCGAGUUUCGACAAAUCAUUGACGGAAAAGGACAAGUCAAUAAAUAAAUCAUACAUUCGUGUCUACGGUGGAUGGGAAGAAAGAUUGAAUGGAUAUUCAACGCAAAACGGCAUUGAAAGUGGCUUUAGAGAUGACAAACUGAGCAAUUAUCCAAAUCCAAACUUUCAAAGGCAAGACUGGUUACGAGCGCACUUGAAGCGAACGCCAAGGAUGAAGCUUGAAGAGCAUGAGCAAAGAAAAGAGCGAUUUGAUGAGAAGGAUAUCUAUAGUAGAGAUUAUCUUAGACAAAGUUCAAUGAAAGAGAACGUAGAAAACUGCAAGGAGAUCGUUUACAGGUCUCAGCAUGAUAUCUCUCGUGACAUAAGAGCUGAUUAUGAACGAUCUCAACAGCAGGACUCAUGUACAGAAAGAGUAUCAAUUCAUGAUUCAGAACAAGGAUCGACUGGUGAAUCUACAUUGUCGAGUGAGCGAUAUGACUUCAAGAAAGACCGAUUUGGUGACUUUAAAAAAAUGAAAUCAGACGUCUAUUCAACGCGAGACUCACCAGUAUCUCAAAAUGGCAGUUAUCAUUCUAAUAAUAGUGAUCUUUAUGAAUUUAAGAAGGUCAAAAGCGAAAUUUACGUCACCGUAAAUAAGGAAACAACACGAAAUGACGAUCGAUAUGAACACGAAAGACUGGAUAAUAACAUAUAUAGUAAUCGUGAAACAGCUAACGAAAUUUAUGGGUCUCGGGAAAGGAACGAUAUGUAUACAUUUAAACAAGCUGAAGCAAUUGAUGCAUUUUGUGAUGAGGGUGAUGAUGAUACGAGGACUUGGCCAGAUACUCCGCCACCACUUCCACCACGAUUGAGGCAUUUACCACCGGUGCACAUGAACUUAGAGGACAGACAUAAAGUUGCAGGAAGGUCUAGGUCUUUACCUCCUCCGCCUCCUUAUAGGCCACCACCCCAACCUAGAGCUCCUAUUACUACGAGACAUCUCGGCUAUCCUAGAUCAGUUAUUGAUGAUGAAAGUUAUGUCUGAGACAUUAUUUCUCGUGAAAAAUUGAUCAAAUUUAUAAGCCAUAUUUAUUGCUGAAGAUCAUAAGUAACGAGCUCAAUAGUGCUCAUAUUAGAGUCUAUUUAACCGAACCUAGUCCGAACCGUAGGCCCUUUGACAAAGAUUUGAAGUGGAAAAAAAUAAUUAAACGUGUGACUUUGUGAGGAUGAAAUUGAUUGUAAUAAUUAUUUUAUUUUUUUUUCAAAUUAUUAUUGCGUUGUUGACAAUUUAUAAUAACGCAUAAAAGCGUUUAUGGACAAUUUUAUUUGUUAAUUCAUGAUAAUUCAGGGUGCUUCCACAGGCUUAACAAAUAUAAAUAUAUAAAUAUAUAUAUAUAUAUAUAAAUAUAAUAAUGUAAACUUUAUAAAAAAGAAAUAAAAAGGAGAAGAAAUUCUUAUCAAUAAGUAUAGAUUAGUCGAAAACGAGACUCGAGUUAAAUAAUAGUUUGACAUUUUUAAAGCAGAGACAUUUAUUUCGCGCACAAACUAAACUCGAGGUCACGUUAUCAUUUAUCAGGUAAUCAAUCGUAAUAUAAAUAUAGAAAAAGUCUAUCAAAAGUAUUCAGUCCAUAUUGGAUUCUAAUUUUUUUCUUUUAUUUGCUUUUUAUAUACAGUAAUGGAUACAUUUUUUUCAUAAAUUUUUAUCAUGAAAAUUUUUUGAUUCUAAUCAUUCAGAAAUACAUUCAAUCUUUAACGGAAGUUGCAAUGAUUAUUUUUUAAAGAAUUUUUAUAAUCUACAAUACUUUUUAAGCAAAUUUCUCUUGUGGUUAUAUUUUAUCUUUAAACAUCUGUAGAUGCAAAUGAUUAAAUUGAGCCUCCUGUACGUGUAACAUGACAUUAAUGUUUACAUCGAUACGUUUAUUUUAUAUAAAUAAAUAUAUAAAUAUAAUACAACAAUAUGAAAAUAGCAUAUGAUUAAUAUUCAAAGACGUGCGAUUAUCUUUUUUAGUAAGUAAGCUUAUAGAAAUGUAUUAUUUUCAAUAUUUUAUUCUUUGUAAAUAUUAUUAUAUGACAAACUUUUAUAUUGAUGAUCAAGUUAUAAACAUAAAUAUAUAUCUCAACGCAGCUAAA